AUGGCUCAUGAACUACUUCUUUAUUCAGCCUUCAUACUCGUCAUGAGCUUUGCCUUCUGCUUUCAGUCUGUAACCGCUCAAAUGCCACCCCCUUUUCCACCAGCUACCUCGCCCCCGCCAGCAGCUAGCGGCUUUGGGUCUGGUUACGGUUCUGGCGGCGGCUCUGGGGGUGGAAGCAGUACCGGUGGUGGAGGCAGCGGUGGCGGAGGCGGUGGCGGUAGUGGUAGUGGAAGAGGUGGAGCUGGUAGCGGGUUUGGCUUUGGCAGUGGCUUUGGUGGCGGCAGGGGCGGUGGAGGUGGCGGCGGCUUUGGCUUCGGCUCCGGUGGUGGAGGUGGAGGCACUCCUUUGGCAAAUAGAAAGAGUUUGUCUGUUCAUAACUAA